AUGGAUGAUCCAUUCAUUACGUGCCCAUACGAUCAUUCGCACCGCGUGCCUCGAUCACGAAUCCAAGCUCAUAUAGUCCGUUGUCAAGAAAAACACCCCCCGCUCACCGCUUGCCCGUAUAACGCAACACAUCGCUUUACUCAAGCCGACAUGAAGAUACACGUCACGCAAUGUCCGUCAAGGGAAGAGAUGUUUCCAGAACAUAAACCUCCAAAAGUAGUAGCCCAUUUGAUAGCACCUCGGCCAAUCCUGCAAAGGGAAUAUCUUCCAGAGAUGGACCCUAAUCAUGAAACAUGGGAUGAUUAA